CUUUUGGGCCCUAAACUAAAGUGGGGAAGCAGAUAAAGGAGGGAGAGAGGAGGGGUUUGGUUCGGUGUGCCCUUCCCUUCCCUUCCGCUAGCUGCUUCCUGUUUGUUUGCUCAGCCUUCGCUUCUUCCUUCCUCUCCCUCUCUAUGGCUGCCGAUUAACACUGUGCCCUCCGCUUCCUUUUUCUCUCUCAUGGCGGCAGCCUUCUUCGUUUUGCCUAGCUCUUGAUCUCUGGCCUCUCUCCUUCUUCCCUCUGCACUGCCAGCCAGCUGAUCUUGGCUUCUUGCUGUAGUGCCUCUGCACUUGUACUGCUAGCUGCAGAGAAAGUAGAGAGAGAGAGAAGGGUUUGCAUCCUUGCAGGAAGAAAGAAGGGAGAAAGAGAGAGAGGAAAAGGGCAAGGGAGAGAAUCUGAAAUUGUUUUGCAGUCAUUGACCAACCCCAGUUCCCCCUUGUUUGUCCCCCCUUCCCCUCCUUGAUACCUGUGUUGUUGUUGGUGGUUCCUUGAGAUAUUCCCCGAGCUGCUGCUGCUGCUUCUGCUAGGUCUCUGAAGUAUACUCCUUGUCACCCAUCCUGCUUCUUCUCCUCCAUUCUUGAGUUAAUGCCCUCCUCUGUAGUAGCGGCACCACCACCAAUUUAUUGUUGCGACCCCCUCAUAUGUUUGCGUUUGCGCCACCACGAGCACAGGCACAAGGCAGAUAGUAGAUAUACCUAAGAAAAGCAAAGGCCGAGGCGAGGCUCGAAUCCAAGUACGUUUUGCUUUAUGUUUCAUCACCAUCUUCAGCAGCAGCAGCAACAGCAGCUGAGAAGAGAUCAGGCAGAAUCGGCAGAUCAGGACAGCAGCAUGUCCAACCUCACAACCUCCGCUUCUGCCGGCGCCAACCCCCCUCCUCCUUCCUCGGGCUCCAACAAGCGCAAGCGAAGCCUCCCCGGGAACCCCGACCCGGAGUCGGAGGUGGUGGCGCUUUCGCCGGCGACGCUGAUGGCGACGAACCGUUUCCUGUGCGAGAUCUGCGGGAAAGGGUUCCAGCGGGACCAGAACCUGCAGCUGCACCGGCGGGGACACAACCUGCCGUGGAAGCUGAAGCAGCGCGGCAGCAAGGAGCUGGUGAGGAAGAAGGUGUACAUCUGCCCCGAGGCGUCGUGCGUGCACCACGACCCUUCCCGGGCACUGGGCGAUUUGACGGGGAUCAAGAAGCACUUCUUCCGCAAGCACGGCGAGAAGAAGUGGAAGUGCGACAAGUGCUCCAAGAAGUACGCCGUGCAGUCCGACUGGAAGGCGCACUCCAAGAUCUGCGGCACCCGCGAGUACAAGUGCGACUGCGGCACCGUAUUCUCCAGGCGGGACAGCUUCAUCACGCACCGGGCCUUCUGCGACGCGCUGACCGAGGAGAGCGCCAAGGCCAUCGGCGGCCUGCCCGUCUCCAUGGCCCAGCACCACCAACACGCCAUGCUCUUCUCCCCGCCCCCGCCGCAGCACCACCACAUCAUGCACCAGGAUAAUCUCGCCGCCUUCCAGGAGCACCACCACGCCAUGCAACAGCAGCAGGUCCAGCAGCAGCAUUGCAACUACGCCGUGAAGCCGGAGAUGCAGCCCUGGCCGACGGCCGCGAUGCCCCCCUACGACGACGGCGACGUCCAUCACCACCACGCGCUGCUGCAGCAGCCGCCGCUCUGCAAUGUCGUCGCCAAUGCCACCCCGCAGAGCUCCGCCGCCCCAACGCCGCAAGCGCAUCAGCAGCAACAGCAGCAGAUGCUGCCCGCGCCGGCAGCCGGCGCGCACCUGUCGGCCACGGCGCUGCUGCAGAAGGCGGCGCAGAUGGGGGCGACCAUCGGCGGCAGCGCGCACUACGGCACCCAGAUGGCGGGCGCGGCCACGUCCAGCGCGGCCGCGAACGGCAACGGCAACGGCGCGUUCGGGCUCGGGCUGUCGUGCCUCAACAACGGCAACAACCAGCAGCAGCAGCAGCAGAUGAUGGGCCUCGCGGCCAGGACCGCCGGCGGCCGGGGCAGCGAGGUGGACGGCGAGGGCAUGACCAGGGACUUCCUGGGGCUGCGCGCCUUCUCGCACCGCGACAUCCUCGGCCUCGCCGGCUUCGACUCGACCUGCAUGGCCGCCGCCGUCAACAACAACAACAGCAGCAGCAGCAGCGCCAUGGCGCCGGCCUGCUACGAGCAGCCGCAGCAACAUGGGCUUGGACAGUCGACGCAGCCACAGCAGCAGCAAAGCAGCGACGAGCCCUGGCAUGGCAUGAGCAGCCAUAGCUAGCUAUAGUUGCUUUCUUCCUCCUCUCGCGCGUACGUCCAGCUUUCUGAUCACCGCAGAGCCAUAGCUAGCGCAUGCUACAUCAUACUCAAGAGCACGAUGCCUUUUGAACUGGGUAAUCCUCUCUCUCUCCCGGCCUCUCCAUCUCUUGCGUUCAUGCAUGAUAUGUCAUCAUCUCAUGAGAUCAUUCUUGGAACUAAGUUAAGGUUUCGAUCAUUCGAUGGGUUGGUUCUACAGCUCGGAGGAGGUCUGUAAUUUUUUGGGUUUUGGGGCCAGAAAGGCAACUGUAAGCUAAAGCUCGGAUCAAGGGGAAAACAAAAUUAAGCUGUGUCAAAAUAAUACAUGCAUGCAGCCGUCGUCUCUUAAUUUUGUUAC